AUGGACGUAGUGGGCUUCCUGGUGCGGCCGUCACAGACGAAAGGCUUCUCACCGCACCGCGACAGGCAGCCGGAGGACUGGACCCCGAAGGGCGUCCCGCCGGACACUGGCAGCACAUUCAAGGCGGAUGGCAUGGCAAAGUAUGUGACACUCUGGGCAGCUCUCACAGACGCGAACCCCGAGAACUCCUGCUUGCACUUUGUCCCACGCCGAGUGGACCCAGGUUAUUCUGCUGGAGAUCCGGAUCAAGGGGACCCGAUGCUCCGCAUAUUCCAGGACAAGGCCGCAUUUCAAAGCAUCCGCAGCGCUCCAGUCACUGCUGGAGGCUGCACUUUCCACACGCACCGCACCAUCCACUGGGGCUCUGCUGGCCGGCGCACGGCCGAUGUGGCCCCGCGGAUCGCGCUUUCCUUUGGCGGCUUGGGAGUACUGGCUUAG